UUCCCGGACCUCGAGUGAGCGGACGGGGUUCGCGCGGCCCUCGGAAAGAAGUUCGAGCAUCCCCCAAGCCGUGCGACUGUCCUCCUUCCGCGCCCGCGGAGUGAUUCAAGCGAACAAAUAAUGGCCAGUAAUCACAAAUCUCCAGCAACUCGCCCCAUAUCACGAGGUGGAGUUGGACUGACAGGAAGGCCUCCUUCUGGAAUACGACCCCUAUCAGGAAAUGUUCGAGUGGCAACUGGAAUGCCACCUGGGACAGCAAGACCUGGUUCUCGUGGUGGUCCCAUUGGUACCAGUGGAGUUCUGUCUUCUCAGAUCAAAGUUGCUGAUCGUCCAGUAACACAACAAGGUUUGACUGGAAUGAAGACUGGAAUGAAAGGUCCCCAGAGGCAAAUUUUAGACAAGUCUUACUAUCUUGGGCUUCUUAGAAGUAAAAUAAGUGAACUUACAACUGAAAUUAAUAAGCUUCAGAAAGAAAUAGAAAUGUACAAUCAAGAGAAUUCAGUCUAUUUGUCAUAUGAAAAGAGGGCUGAAACUUUAGCUGUUGAAAUAAAAGAGUUUCAAGGACAACUAGCAGACUACAACAUGUUGGUAGAUAAACUUAAUACCAAUACUGAAAUGGAAGAAGUAAUGAAUGAUUACAAUAUGCUUAAAGCUCAAAAUGAUCGAGAAACACAGAGUAUGGAUAUAUUAUUUACUGAAAGACAAGCGAAAGAAAAAGAGAUUAGAAGUGUAGAAGAAGAAAUUGAACAGGAAAAACAAGCAGCAGAUGGCAUUAUCAAAAAUAUGUCUCCUGAAAAACAAAAGAAGUACAUAGAGAUGAAAACCACAAAUGAGAAAUUAUUGCAGGAAUUAGAUGCACUUCAGCAACAACUGGAUUCUCUGAACAUGAAAAAAGAGAACCUGGAAACUGAAAUAUCACACUCCCAGGUAAAACAGGAAGCAGUAUUGCUGAAUGAAAAACUUUAUGAAUUGGAAUCUCAUAGAGAUCAAAUGAUUGCAGAAGACAAAAGCAUGGGAUCACCAAUGGAAGAGAGAGAGAAAUUACUUAAGCAGGUUAAAGAAGAUAAUCAGGAAAUAGCCAGCAUGGAGAGACAAUUAACAGAUAUAAAAGAAAAGAUGGAUCAAUUUAAUGAAGAAAUUAGACAACUUGACAUGGAUUUAGAAGAACACCAAGGUGAAAUGAAUCAGAAAUACAAGGAACUUAAAAAAAAGGAGGAAAAGAUGGACAUUUUUAUUGAGACUUUUGAGGAAACUAGGGAUCAGGAACUGGAGCGGAAGGUGCAGAUAGAAGCCAACAUUGUUGCACUCUUGGAGCGUUAUAGUCGUAAUAUAAAUCGUAUGAAGCAGAUCUCCUCUAUCACCAAUCAAGAGCUAAAGAUGAUGCAGGAAGACCUCAAUUUUAAAUCUACUGAAGUGCAGAAAUCACAAAGUACAGCUAGGAAUUUGACGUCAGAUAGUCAGCGUCUACAGUUGGAUCUACAGAAAAUGGAGCUUCUAGAAAGUAAGAUGAAUGAGGAACAGCAUUCUCUAAAAACCAAAAUUAAGCAAAUGACAACUGAUCUGGAAACAUAUAGUGAUUUGCCAGCUCUAAAAUUAUCAGAUGAAGAAAAGAAAAAGAAAUUACAUCAGGAAAGAACAGUAUUAUUAACCCGCAGAAAUGCCUUUAAGAAAAUAAUGGAGAAGCUAAAUACAGAAUAUGAGGCACUAAAAACACAACUGCAAGAAAAUGAGACACAUUCUCAGCUUAGAAAUUUGGAGAGAAAGUGGCAACACCACGAGCAAAAUAAUUUUGUGAUGAAAGAAUUCAUAGCAACCAAGAGUCAAGAGAGUGACUACCGGCCAAUUAUGAAAAAUGUGACCAAACAGAUUGCCGAGUACAAUAAAACUAUUGUGGAUGCUCUACAUAGCACUGGCAGAAACUGAAUCUAAAUCAACUGAAAGUCUCUAAAGUAUCUUCUUGUUGCUAAACUUGGUAAAAACUGACUAAAAACAAAACCAAAAAAAAAGCUUACCAUUGAAGAGUUUCACCUAAAAUUUCUGAAUGCUGCAAUUUUUUAAAUCUCUUUAAAGAGUGACAUUUUAAAUCAUAUAUUAGUUCAAUAAAUAGUUUGCA